GUAUUUAAACCGCGGAACAGGACAGCAAAGACUAGCUCUGAACUCCCACAGAGUGGAAGGAAGAGAGAAGAGAGAAAAGGCGGAACAGAGGAGAGAAACGGAGUGCUACAGUUCAGUCUGCUUAUAACCAACCACACACACACAUAUUUACACACACUGUUUUCAGAACCCAGAACCAGACUUUCUCUAUCCAAGUCGACCAAGUGUGGACUCUAGCCCUCAAGAUAUCUUACUGGAACUCUACCUGUGACUACCUUUCUCCACACACCACCACUCUCCCUCUUCUUCUUCAUCCCUCUCUUCCUCAUUCCGUCGUUUUUCAGGGUGAUGGCAUGGGCCUCUGUCUGGGGUGCCCUCGGCUGUGCCCUGCUGGCCCUGGUGUUGGGGACCGGUGUGGAUUUGGGGAGCCCCCCAGCAGCAGGCUUCUACCCCCGCUUCAACCCCUUCUUCUUCCUGUGUACCCACCAUGGGGAGCUGGAGGGGUCCGGGGUAGCCGAGGGAGGGGGAGAGGUGCUCCUCACCCUACAGAUCGCUGGGAACCCCACUGCCUACACCCCUGGACAGGAGUACCAAGUGACUGUCUCCACCAGUGUGUAUUUUGAUGGUUUGCUGGUGACCGGUCUCUACACGUCCACUCCUGUCCAGUCUGCUCCUAUCCCUGCUCCUGCUGCCUUCGGCUUCGGUGUGAUGCCAGAGCAGCGUCAGUUUAGGACUCAGUUUGUGUGUAGUGUCGUGGCGUCUCACGUCAGCCACCAGCCCUCCACCAGUCUCAGCUUCGUCUGGAUUGCUCCUCCACCCAGCACCGGCUGUGUCAACUUCCUGGCCACUGCUACACAUCGAGGACAGAUCAUCUUCAAGGACGCACUUGCCCAGCAGCUGUGUGAGCAGGGAGCACCUACGGAAUCGCCAUUGAGACCCAGUCUUGCUGAGAUCCAUGGGAACCAUGCGGUGCUCCGUGAUGACUUUGACUCCAACCUGCAGGGAGAGCUGGACCCCAGAAUUUGGUCAGAGUGUAGUAACUGUGAGGUAGGAGAGCAGUGUGGGGUUCUGAUGCAUGGCAGAGCUGUCACAUUCUGUGAGCCCUUCAGAGAGAGAGAACUGACCACUGUACCUCUCAACACCACCACAGCCUCUGUCCUGCAGUUUGCUCUUGGUUCAGGCACAUGUAGGUUCAGUUACUCCGACCCCAGCAUCAUCGUGGCGUUCAGUCUGAACAAGAACAACAGCACCAAUGACUGGAUCACCCUGGAGAAGAUCAGAGCUCCAACUAACAGCAGUACAAUAGUCCAUCUCCUGCCCCUGCCAGUGCAAUCCAGGGGAGAUGGGGUGCGUGUACGCUGGUCCCAGGAGGCCCCCCAGGGACCCGAAGGCUACGAGUCGUGCUGGGGCCUGGACAACGUACUCCUGGUCAACGCUGCUUACAUACCUCCCCUACUGGAGGAUAAUCUGGACCCCCCAGACACAGCCAACUGGCUUUUCUUCCCUGGGGCUACCGUCAAGCGUGCCUGUCAGUCAGAGGGCAACACCCUGUAUUUCCAUGGCAACAAUGAGGAGGGGGUGGGCCACACCUUCGCCUCCACCAGAGACAUUGACCUCCACCGAGAGGAGGGUCGGAGCUACUGGGAGGAGGACUUUGAGAGUCUGCCCACCAACUGGGACAUCGAGGGGGCUGUGUAUGGGACCCAUUGUGGGGAGAUAGAGUCAGGCAUGGCCCUGGUGUUUGAGAGGGAUGGAGAGAGGAAGAUGUGUACUCCCUACCUGGAUACCACCUCCUUCGGAAACCUUCGGUUCUACUUCACCAUGGGUGGUGGGGAGUGUGACCCAGGAGAGUCCCAUGAGAAUGAUGUCAUCUUGUUUGGUAGGUCAGAGGGGAGACGAGACCUUGUGCUGUUGGAUACCCUGCCAUACUCCUCUUAUAUGACUCCGUCAGUAGUGUCAGUAGCCCUGUCCACAGACCUCCAGACCCCCAUCACCCAGUUCUGCCUGGAGCAGCGGGCACAUGGCGGUGCCAACCGUCACGUCUGGGCAGUAGACUUCAUGCAGUUGCUGCCUGUCCUUCCUGGCACACAUACCCAUGUAGCACAGUUCUCCAUCAACCUGGGCUGUGGGUCCUACCAGCCUGCCAACAGUGUGAAUCUGGAGUUUUCCACCAAUCACGGUCGUUCCUGGUCGCUGCUCCACACAGAGUGUCUUCCAGAUUUGUGUGCUGGCCCCCACCUACCACACAGCACCAUCUACUCCUCAGAAAACUACAGCGGCUGGACUAGGAUCUCCAUCCCACUUCCCAACGCUGCCUUGACUGAGACCACACAAUUUCGCUGGAGACAGAGUGGCAUGGGUGCUGGCAACAUGUGGGCCAUAGACAAUGUGUACAUUGGUCCAUCCUGCCUUCGUUUCUGCUCUGGAAGAGGACAAUGCUCCCGCACCGGCUGCAAGUGUGACCCAGGGUUUAAUGGUCCAGCAUGUGAGCUGGCAUCCCAGACAUUCUCUGCCUUCCUGUCUGAGGGUUUCUCCUCCCCCAGACUCUCCUCCUACCACAGUUUCUCCUCCCUGAGGGGAGCGGAGGUGAGUUUCGGCUGUGGGGUUCUGGCCAGUGGCAAGGCUUUGGUCUUCAACAGAGACAGCAGACGACACCUGGUGACCGCACCGCUCGACAGCUCUCAGGCCAGGUACCUCCAGUUCACUUUGCGUCUGGGAAGUCGUAGCAUCCUGAGCUCCUGUCCUGCCCCUGACCAACCAGGAGAAGGUGUGUUGCUGCACUUCUCCUCAGACAAUGGCAUUACCUGGAUCCUGCUGCAACACUACGCAUAUAAGGGCUUCCACGAACCCAGGAUUGUAUCAGUGGAGUUACCCCCCGGUGCCCGUAGGUUUGGGGUGCAGUUCCGUUGGUGGCAGCCGUACCACUCUGGGCGUGGGCAUGACGUUUGGGCAGUGGAUGAGAUCACUAUGACCUCUGUGCUGUUCAACACCAUAAGUCUGGACUUCAGUAAUGUACUUGAUGUCACUCAGAGUCUGGGCUUCUACCUGGGGCACGUCCAGCCCUACUGCCAGCACGACUGGACACUCAGUUUCUCAGGUGAUCCCAGCCCAGGCUCCAGUAUCCGUUAUGUGGAGACCCAGUCCAUGCAGAUUGGAGCCUCCUACACACUGCAGUUCUCAUUGGUCAUGGGCUGUGGCAGAGACCCCUCCCCCCACAUCGACACACAGGUCCGCCUGGAGUUCUCCACCAAUCAUGGUCUGACCUGGCACCUGGUCAAAGAGGCCUGCCUACCAGGGAUGCCCAGCUGUUCAGAGUUCACUGCUCCCAGUGUGUACCAUCCCUCUGAGUUCACUGACUGGAGACGCAUCACUCUGCCCCUGCCUCAUAGAGCAUGGUCCAGUGCCACACGGUUCCGUUGGAUCCAGAACUACUAUGGAGAGCAGGAUGAAUGGGCUCUGGACGACAUCUACAUCGGGCAGCAGUGCCUUCAGAUGUGCCACGGACACGGAUGGUGCGACCACGGACACUGCAGGUGUGAUGAAGGUUUCUCAGGUUCAGACUGCCAGGCAUCCUCUCCUCUUUCUUCCAGCAUCCUGUCAGACUUUGAGUCCCAGGAUGGUCUGCUGGCCGUGUGGCAGGAGGUGAUUGGUGGAGAGGUGGUAACACCUGACAUGGGCUGUGGGGUGGUCUCCUCUGGGUCCUCGCUCUACUUCAGCAAGGCCGGAUUGAGGCAGCUGGUGAGCUAUGACCUGGACACAGAGUGGGCAGAGUUUGUGCAGUUCUACCUGCGUGUGGGCGGAGACUGGGUACAAUGUAACAUGGCAGACAGCAGGGAGGAAGGAGUGCUGCUGCAGUACAGUAAUGACGGAGGAAUCAGCUGGGGACUCAUCGCUGAGAUGUACUUCACCGACUUCACCAAGCCACGGUUUGUCCACUAUGAGUUGCCACAGGCCUCUAAGACCCCAUGUACCCGGUUCAGAUGGUGGCAGCCCCUUCACUCUGGGGACGGCUACGACCAGUGGGCCAUUGAUGAUGUCAUCAUCUUGUCAGAGAGAGAGAAACACAUCAUCCCUAUGGCCAACCCCACUAUACCACAGAACUUCUAUGAGAAGCCGGCGUUUGACUACCCUCUGAACCAGAUGAGUGUGUGGCUCCUGCUGGGCAAUGAGGGUAUGGAAAAGGAGAGGAACGGCAGCUUCUGUGCUCCCACCCCCUCUGCCAUGGUGUUCGGGCGAUCUGACGGAGACAGGGUGGCAGUGACCAGAGACCUGGUCCUAAGACCAGGGUACACACUGCAGUUUAAGUUGAACAUCGGUUGCGAGUCUCAGUUCAGUGCAUCGGCCUCAGUCCUGCUGCAGUACUCCCAUGAUGCUGGCCGUACCUGGGCGCUGGUGAAGGAGGGCUGUUACCUAGGCUCCUCUGGGGCGGGUGGCUGUGAGGGCAGUGGGCGGGAGCUCAGGGAACCCACUGUCUAUGCCACGGGAGACUACGAAAGCUGGACCAGGGUUACCAUUGUCAUUCCGCGUAACGUGGCUGCCAGUAAAACGAGGUUCCGGUGGUUCCAGGAGAGUAGUGUGUACAGGGACGCUCCAGCCUUUGCCCUAGAUGGAGUCUAUAUCUCUGAGCCCUGCCCCAACCACUGUGGAGGACAUGGAGACUGCAUCUCUGGGGUCUGCUUUUGUGACAUGGGAUACACAGUUGAGCAGGACAGCUGCGUGCCAGCGGUGGCCAGCCCCACAGAGUUGGCAGAGGGCUUUGAGAGCAAGCUGAGCCCGGUUUGGCAGACCCUGAGUGGGGGGCAGGUUGGAGGGGGCUGUGGCACCAUCAGCGAGGGAAAGGCUCUGUACUUCAGCAGCCCUGGGAAGAGAGAGGCACGCACUGUACCUAUGGAUACAACAAACACACGGCUUGUCCAGUUCUACAUCCGUAUUGGAGGGAAGAAUGUUGGACCCACCUGCACCAGACCUCGCUCCCGCAACGAAGGAGUGAUAGUCCAGUUCUCCAACAACAACGGAGUUCAGUGGCAGUUCCUACGUGAGCUGGACUUUGGUUCCUUCCUGGAUUCCCAGGUGGUCACCAUCGAGCUGCCUCCACCCGCCAAGACUCCCUACACUGUGUUCCGCUGGUGGCAGCCACAGCAGAGUAAACACUCAGCCCAGUGGGCUCUGGAUGAUGUUCUGAUCGGUAUGAAUGACAGCUCCAGGACUGGCUUCCAUGAUAAGUUUGACGGGACGUCUCCUCUGAGACACAACUGGUACCGCAUACAGGGGGGAGAGAUCACUGUAGACUGUCUGUCUCUGGACACUGCUCUGUCCUUCAACAGCGACACCACUGGCAAGAAGCCGCGGUAUGCAGAAAGCUGGGACUUUGAGGUGUCAGGCUCCUCCUUCCUGCAGUUUGAACUGUCUAUGGGCUGCAGUAAGGUUGCCACCUCAUCCCACGGUGUCAGGCUGGAGUACUCCACGGACUGUGGGCGCCACUGGGCCCUGCUCACCCCAGAGUGUGUUCCACCUGCCAUCGGCUGUGCCGGCUACACCAUGAGCUCAGUCUACACUGCUACACAGUAUAACCGCUGGAGGAGGGUUACGGUGUACCUGCCCAGCACUGCCAAUUCUCCCAGGACUCGGUUCAGGUGGCUCCAACCCCACUUCAUCCCUGGGGCGGACGGUUGGGCCUUGGACAACGUGCUGCUGGCCCCUGGCUGCCCCUGGAUGUGCUCUGGACACGGACUCUGUGACAACGGAUGCUGUUUGUGUGACCGGGGUUAUGGCGGGGCCCACUGCGUGCCCUUGGCCCCCCUCCCCUCCAUUCUGAGAGACGACUUCAACGAGAACCUGGCGGCGGAGCAGUGGCCCGAGGUGUACGGGGCUGAGAGGGGGACUCUCAGUGGGGAGCCCCUCAAAUCUGGCACUGCACUAAUCUUCAAAGGGGAAGGUCUGCGUAUGUUGAUGUCUAGGGACAUGGACUGCACCAGCACUCUCUACAUCCAGUUCUCCUUCAAGUUCAUCACUAAGGGUGUCCCAGAGCGCUCCCACUCGGUGCUACUACAGUACUCUGUGAACGGGGGGAUCAGUUGGCUGUUGUUAGAUGAGUUUUACUUCCCUACUUCCACCGACACGCUGUUCAUCCACCUUGCUCUGCCCACCAAUGCCCAGACCAACGCUACCCGCUUCAGGCUCUGGCAGCCCUACAACAGCGGUAAAAAGGAGGAGGUGUGGGUGAUUGAUGACCUGAUCAUCGAUGGCAGCUCGCUCAACAACCCUCCUGUAGUCUCUGACAGCUUCGAGGGCGGACCCCAGGAUUACAACUGGCUCUUCUACCCAGGAGGCAACACUGGACUCUACUGCCCCUACCAGAAGAGUGGCCUGGAGGAUGAUGAGUCUGCCAUGGUGUUUGUCUCCAGUGAGUUGGGAGAACAUUCCAUAACCACCAGAGACAUUGAUGUCAAUGAAAACACCAUCAUACAGUUUGAGAUCAACGUAGGCUGUACGGCAGAUUCUUCCUCCUCUAACCCAGUGAGACUGGAGUUCUCCAGGGACUUUGGGGCUACAUGGCAUCUCCUGGUGCCCCUGUGUUCGGGGGGCCCCCAGCCCUCAUCCCUAUGCUCCACAGAGCUGCACCCCGCCAGCGUCUACUACCCCGGGACAACACAGGGCUGGAGGAGGGAGAUCAUCCACUUUGGAAAGCUCAGACUUUGCGGAUCCAUCCGGUUCCGUUGGUACCAGGGCUUCUACUCCAGCGGUUCAUCCCCCCCUACCUGGGCUUUGGACAGUGUGUACAUUGGCCCCCAGUGCCAGGACAUGUGUAACGGACACGGGUCAUGUGUGAGGGGUACCCAAUGUGUGUGUGACUCGGGAUACUCAGGACCAGACUGCUCCCAACCCGACACAUCCAACCCUGACUUCCUCAAGGAAGACUUUGAAGGAGGGGCGGUGGAUGCUGACAGGUUUAGGCUGCUGAGUGGAGGGAAACCUAGCAGGAAAUGUGGCAUCAUGUCCAGUGGGAACCACCUGUUCUUCAGCGAGGACGGCCUUCGCAUGCUGGUCACCAACGACAUGGACCUUUCCAACGCAAGGUUUAUUCAGUUCUUCCUGCGUCUGGGCUGUGGUAAGGCCUCCCCAGACCCCCGCUCCCAGCCUGUCCUGCUCCAGUUCUCUGUAGACGGGGCUCUGACCUGGGGCCUGCUGCAGGACUUCUUCUUCUCCAACAGCAGUAACCAAGCUCGCCUCGUGGCCCUGGAGAUCCCUCUGCGUGCCCGUACCUCCGCCACGCGCCUACGCUGGUGGCAGCCCUCUGAGAAUGGACACUUCUAUAGUCCAUGGGUUAUUGACCAGGUGGUGGUGGGGGGCAGUGCCAGUGGCUGGGGUCCUUUAGAAGAUGACUUCUCCUCUAUGGACGGGCGUUCUUGGCUGCUCUACCCCGGGGGUACCCGCAUGCCCGUGUGUGGUUCUGACGGGGCGGCCUUCGCUUUCAUAGAAAAGUCCAACACGCGCUACGCUGUCACCACAGACAUCAGCCUGGGACAGGAUGCUUUCAUACAGUUUGAUUUCUCAGCUUCAUGCUCUGUCACAAACUCCUGCUACGCCAUUGAGCUUGAGUAUUCUCUGGACCUGGGUCUGCACUGGCAGCCUCUGGUGCGUGACUGUCUCCCCACCAGUCAAGACUGCUCCUCCUACACCCUACAGAGACUGCUGGUGGCAGACACAUACAACAAGUGGGGCCGAGUCACUCUGCCCAUUCCCAUCUACGCCAGGUCUCCAGCUACGCGUUUCCGUUGGUUCCAGCAAGCUCCGUUUGACAAGCAGCAGACCUGGGCUCUGGACAAUCUCUACAUCGGAGACGGCUGCUCCGACAUGUGCUCCGGACAUGGACGCUGCCAGCAGAGCUCCUGUGUGUGUGACCCAGAGUGGGAAGGCGAGUACUGUGAUGAGCCUGUGGCCCCCCUGCCCUCCCAGCUGAAGGACAGUUUCAGCCGGGCCCCCUCUCUUAGCCACUGGCACCUGGUAACCGGGGGAAAGCUCAGCACUGUUUGUGGGGCCGUGGCAUCUGGGGCUGCACUGCACUUCAGCGGGAGUUGUAGUCGUCAGCUGGUGACGGUGGAUCUGAACCUGACCAACGCAGAGUUCAUCCAGUUCUACUUUAUGUAUGGCUGCAUGACCCCGCCGAGCAACCGUAACCAGUGUGUACUACUGGAGUUCAGUCUGAAUGGUGGAAUCAACUGGAUCCUGUUGACAGAGAUCUUUUACGACCUGUACAGAAAGCCUGGAUUCGUCAAUGUACUGCUGCCCCAUGCGGCCCGUCAGGAGGGUGUGCGUGUGCGCUGGUGGCAACCGACCCACGAGGGGUCCGACCACAGUGACUGGGCACUGGAUAACGUCCUAAUCGCUGGUUCCGACCCGCGGGCACAGAUCUCUGACACCUUCGGAGGGGUGGCGCUGCCUAACCACGAGAGAGCGCCCGCUGAUGGUACCCCCACGGGCAGGAUAGGCCUGUUGAAUGAGGGAGAGGAGGAGAGCACCUCAGGUAUAUACACAGGGGAUCUGGACGAGACCACAACAUACACCACCACAGUGGGUGAUCACUGGCUGUUCAGUGAGGACUGUGCGGUUCAGAGGUUCUGUAGCUCUCCAGACGGAGUCAUGGUGUGUGGUAAUGAUGACGGCAGAGAGGUGUAUGCAGUCACACAUGACAUCGUCCCGGACAAAGGCUGGGUCAUGCAGUUCAAGAUUGUGGUGGGCUGCAGUGUGCCGGAGCGCCAUGCCGAGCAUCAGGUCCAUGUCCAGUAUUCUGUGGACUUCGGUGUCUCCUGGAGGUACCUGGUGCCCCAGUGUCUACCUGCUGACCCCUGCUGUGGAGGACAGAUCUCCCAGCCCAGUGUCUUCUUCCCUGCCCAGGGUUGGAAAAGGGCCGUCUACCCCCUAACGGACAGCCUGGCAGAUACGGCGGUGCGUUUCCGGUUCUACCAGCAGCACAGUGAUACCCAGUGGGCUGUGGAGAACCUCUACAUUGGGCCAGCGUGUGACAGCCAUUGUGGGGGACAUGGAGAGUGUCUGGACCAGCGAUGUAUCUGUGAACCAGGCUUCACUGGACCCAGCUGCUACGCCAGCACUGCACUCAAGACAUCUCUGAAGGAGCGUUUUGACUGGGAGGGGGCGCCGGGCCCUCAGUGGCAGGUGUUGGAGGGGGGUCGUCCCUGUACUGACUGUGGGGUUCUGGUGGAGGGGACCGCUUUGUACUUUGGAGGAGCAGACGCCAGGCAGGCCGUCACCGCUGACCUCGACCUCAGAGGAGCCAAGUUUGUAGAGUACUGGGCCAGGAUAGGAAGUGAAGACAACAUGACCAUGUGCCAUCGCCCAACCUGUCGCAAAGAGGGAGUGCUGCUGGACUACUCCAAAGACGGAGGUGUGUCCUGGACCCUGCUUCAUGAGAUGGACUAUCUGAAGUACGUGUCUGUGAGGCGUGAUUACAUUGUUUUACCAGAGGGGGCGCUGUCUAACACCACGCGGCUGCGGUGGUGGCAGCCCUUCUCUGUCUCCUCCGGUCUGGCAUCACCCGGGCUGGAGCGUGCUCAGUGGGCUGUAGACAACAUCCUGGUGGGAGGGUCUGACAUCAACCCCUCCACCCUGCUCGACACCUUCGAUGACGAGGGUGUGUCCCACGAGGAGAGCUGGAACUUCUAUCCCAAUGCGGUGCGUACGGCUGGAUUUUGUGGCAACCCAUCCUUCCACCUCUACUGGCCCAACAAGAACCAGGACAAAACACACAACAUCCUAGCCACCCGAGAGCUUAUAGUACAGCCUGGAUACAUCCUACAGUUCAAGAUUGUGGUGGGCUGUGAGGCAGACAGCUGUGAAGACCACCAUUCUGUCCUGCUGCAGUACAGAAAGGAUGCCAGGUCUGACUCAUGGCAGCUGGUCCAGUCAGAGUGUCUUCCCUCCUCUGUGAACAACGUGGGCUGCUCUCCCUUCAUGUUCCAUGAAUCUACCAUCUACAGUCCUGUCAACAGCUCUACCUGGACAAGAGUCACUGUCCAGCUGCCUGACCACGUCUCCUCAGGUGCCACGCAGUUCCGUUGGAUCCAGAAGGAGGGUGUUGGCGAGCGUCACGGCUGGGGGGUGGACCACAUGUACAUUGGGGAGGCGUGCCCAGGGCUGUGUAGUGGUCAUGGUUACUGUACUAGCGGAGUGGUCUGUAUCUGUGACGAGGGACACCAUGGUGAUGACUGCUCCCUGUCCGGCAGUGACCUACCCAGCUCCAUAAAGGAUAACUUUGAGUCAGGUAGCAUGUCAGAGGAGAGCUGGCAACUCAUCCAGGGUGGCGGGGUGGGAAGUGGGUGUGGUCAGCUUUCUCCCCACGCCCACGGUGACUCGCUCUACUUCAACGGCUGUAAGAUGAGGCAGGCUGUCACCAAGCCACUCGACCUGACACGAGCCAGUAAGAUCAUGUUCGUCCUGCAGAUAGGUAGUGUGUCCCAGACAGACAGUUGUAACACAGCCCUGGACCAGCCUGACACAGUGGACAGAGCUGUGCUGCUACAGUACACUGUCAAUAAUGGAGUUAGCUGGCACGUGAUCGCCCAGCACCAGCCCAAAGACUUCAUCAAGGCCCAGAGAGUGUCCUACAACAUCCCACUAGAAGCGAGAGCUAAAGGGGUGAAGCUGCGGUGGUGGCAGCCGCGUCACGGCGGUGUGGGACAUGACCAGUGGGCGCUGGACCAUGUGGAAGUAGUUCUAGUCAGCACUCGUAAACAAAACUAUAUGAUGAACUUUGCCAGACAGACCGGCCUACGCCACUACUACAGCCGGAAGAGGCGGGCACUGCUACAACAUCGUGCCUAACCUCUGAGAAGAGGAUUCAUCCUAUGACCUGCCAAUCACACAUUUGACCUACCAACCAACCACAUUCCUUUCUCCCGAUGACAUAUCACCCUGUUGAGUCCCACCCACCAGCAAAUGGAUUCCAGUCAGCCUUGGACUACACUCCCUCCCUCUCCAACCUUCCAAUCCCCACUCUGCCAGACAUGGGCCCAUCCCAUCAGUGUAUGCUGUAGCCAGUCAGAAGCCUUCCCCACCCCCAUAUGAUGGGAAGGAAGGAGACGUGAGGGAGCAACAAAGGCAACCAUUUUGUUGACUUUUCAUGAACUUUCGGGUUUCUAGUUGUUUUCUAAUCGUUGCUGUACAUGGUUAUUAUGAUAUGAUGAUUCCCUGUUCCAGUUGCGAUACGAUGAUACCCCCUGGCUUUCCCUGUCACCCCAUCCUACCCACCUCCUAGUCCUACUACUACCACACUGUGAAGUUAUUCCGAGAAAUCAGUAAUGAGCAGGGAGCAUAGAGUUGGAGAGGGCACACUGUCACAGAAGUGAUAAUGGCAAAGAUAGGGAGUGAGCCCCCUUUCCAACUCUAUGCCAUGAAGCUGGGCUAGCUGGAUGCUUCCAAGAUCAACUGAGCCGCAGGGAGGAAACUUCCUCUACUUCGCGCCAGUACCUGAGGAGGAGGAUGAUGAUGAUGAUGGAGAUGAGGAUCAUAACAGUGAUAAGGAUGCUAAAAAAGUACUGUGUUCUUGCUGUUCUGUUCAGUGUGUCUGUGUUCUUUUCGUGAUGGUUUGACUGUUGUGUUCCAUUCAUCCGUUUUUUUACUAAUUCGUAUUGUGCUAUUUUUGAUUGAGGAGACGGAAACGAGAAAAAAUGAAUCCAGAGGCAGACAGAAGGAAGGAACAAAUCACAAUUCGGAGGGAAAAAAAGACAGAAAAUAGAAUAUAAAAAAGAAAACAAAUUUAAGACUGAACAAUGAUUUAUUUUAUUAUUUUUAUAUAUGUUGGUUCCCGAAAAUACAGAUUUAUGGUAGGCGGUUCUCCACGUAACCUAUUUAAAGAUGCACUGUGCGUGAAAUCUGUACGUUAUUUUCUAGUGUUAAGUUAUUAGGCAGUCAUCCAGCCUCUCUCAAGGCCAUCGGGCUGCAACCCCCCUGUGCUGUUACCCGCAUCCCUCUCAUUCUCUCUGCUAAAUUCUGCUCCCUGGAGAUGAGGCUCCAUCAGUGUUGUUUCUUGAAGUCUAAUGUGUAAUGUGGACCCUCUCCCAGCCCUAUCUCUCAGUGUAACUCCAGUAUAGCAGUCUCCUGUACAUACAGUAUAUGUAUAUCCACUAAGGGGAGACCCAGCAGCCUUAUAAAAGGGAAAUAAAGAACUGUCCAAACCUCA